UCGUCUAGUGUGAGAUUGCCUUGAGGGAUUGGCACAUAGGUCACAGGAAGCAAUAAAGUAUUAACCUUCAAAAAAUUGAAAAUAGAGUAAAGAACGUGGAUAGAGAAAGAGUCAAUGAGUGACUUUUCGUGACGAAGCAGAAGAAUCGAAUUGUUGAGAUCUAGUUUUGCGAUCUACAAAAGUAAGGUUCCAGCAUCGAACGUCCAGCUGUUAUGGACAUGGUGAUCACGAAUUUGCAACAGCAGCGUCUUGUGACGGAGCAGCUGCGCCGCGAGGCUGCUCUGAAGCGGAUUACGGUAAGCAAGGCUGUCGAAGAUAUCAUGAAGUACAUCACCGAGCAUGAACAAGAGGAUUGCUUGCUGGUGGGCUUCUCAUCACAGAAGUCUAAUCCCUUUCGUGAGAAAAGCACCUGUAUCCUACUUUAAACCUGCGUGCUUGAAACGAGAAGAGCAACAUGAGUGAGAGAAUGUCACAUUUGUUUCCCUGUAAUUGCAUGAUGGUUCAAUGCAACGAUAAAAAUAUUAAUAUUCAUAGAAUUUAAACGAUUUUUAAAUUAUUCUAUAAUAAAUCCAAGAUCAUUGGAGGAGUGCAAAAUCAAAUUUUCUUAACAUUUGCUAUUAAGAGAAUGUAUUUUAUAUAAAGUUCUCAAAUUAUAUAGAAUUUCAUACUAUACAGUUAUAAAGGAAUUUUCACAUGCCUUAUUUUCCAGUAGUCUGAAAAAUUAUUAUUAUAAGAUUCAAAUGAAACAAUAUUUUUAUAUAUAUAGUAAAAAGAAAUACUGUUAUAUAUUCAUAUGUAUAUUUAAAUUGUCAAAAUAAUUAUGAUUAGAUACCAAAAACAAAAUUUUUCUCUUUAUUUUUCAAAUUAGUAUUAGUAUAAGAUACAAUUAAAAAUAAUAUAAUAAAAUAGUCUGACAAUAGUUUCAAAUAACAGGAAAAGCAUAUGAAAACUUUAUUAAAGAAUUAUAAUGAUAUUUAAUCUGUACCAAACAAAUUUUCACAGUAUACAUUGUGCAUCAUUUGCAAAUCAGGUUCUAAAAUACCUUUUUUAAGUGCCUUUAUAAAGUGUAAGAUUUGACGACAAUAAAAUAAUGUAAUACGAGUAUAUAUCUCCAACUAUUUUAUUAAAAGAAACAUUGAUUUUGACUUAUGUAACUUUGUGUAUUACAAUAUUUUAUUAAAUAAAAUGUAAAAUAUAUUUAAAAAUAACAAUGUU